GCGAGCAGAUCCCACCGCCCUGGCACCGGCGCUUGGCUCCGGGUUCCUGGCCGGGUGGGCGGCGCCUCGCGGAACGGCAGGGGUGCGGGACCGGGGUCUCAGGGGUGCCUACUUGCUCCCGCCACCCGGCCGCGCGGACCCAGUGCCGGUGCGCAGGCGGGAUUGGCGCGCGGCGGUGGGCCGGCGUCCCGCGUGCGCCCCGCGGAGCCGCGCGCAUACCCGCUGGCCGUCGGGGGCGCGGCCGGGCGCGGGAGCAGACACCUGUCCCGCCGCGGCAGUGCUGAGGCGGAGACGCACAGCAGCCUGCGGCUUCGGAGGCUGUGAGGGCGAGGAGAACCUGCAGAGUGGAGCCCCGCGCUGAGGAGAAAGCCGCGCCCGGAGGCCUCCCACCCCGCGUCGUCCCGAGCUCCAAGACACCAUGGCCCCCAAGCUGCUGCUCCUGCUCUGCCUGUUCUCGGGCUUGCACGCACGGUCCAGAAAGGUGGAAGAGGAUGAAUAUGAAGAUUCAUCAGCAAACCAAAAGUGGGUCUUGGCUCCCAAAUCCCAAGACACUGACGUGACUCUUAUUCUCAACAAGUUGUUAAGAGAAUAUGAUAAAAAGUUGAGGCCGGAUAUUGGAAUAAAACCGACCGUAAUUGAUGUUGACAUUUAUGUUAACAGCAUUGGUCCUGUGUCAUCAAUAAACAUGGAAUACCAAAUUGACAUAUUUUUUGCUCAGACUUGGACAGACAGUCGGCUUCGGUUCAAUAGCACAAUGAAGAUACUCACUUUGAACAGCAACAUGGUGGGGUUAAUAUGGAUACCAGAUACCAUCUUCCGCAACUCUAAGACUGCUGAAGCUCAUUGGAUCACCACCCCGAACCAGCUCCUCAGGAUUUGGAAUGAUGGGAAAAUCCUUUACACAUUAAGGCUCACCAUAAAUGCUGAGUGCCAGCUGCAGCUGCACAACUUCCCCAUGGAUGAGCACUCCUGCCCACUGAUCUUCUCCAGCUGUGAGUACCAGCACUGUUUUGGUGCAUGAGCACUGUGCAAGG